GGGAAGGAAGAAAGAGAGCAGAGAGAGGGAGAAAAGAGACCACCAGAAGGAGAGGAUGAAUUUAUAGAGAGGUGAAGGUGAAAAAGCGGAGAGAAUAAGAACAAGGGAAGGUGUGAAAGGAGAGGCAGGAGACGGGGACAAAGCUAUAGAAAGGUGAAGAGUACUUUCGAGGGAAGGAGGGAGUGAAGCAAGGAAAGGGAGGAGAAGAGAGGGCAAGGAUAGAGGCAAGGAGUAGCGGAGGAGAGAUGUGAGGAGAGAGACGAAGAGAAGCCCUGGAGUGUGAAAGGGGACGGAGCGAGAAGAGAGGGCGCUGGGAGGGUAGCGCAGCCCUUGGCGGGAUGGUUCCCCGGGCGGCGCUGGUGCUGCUGGUGCUGCCCGUGCUGCGGGCCCUGGAGUUGGGGGCCGGGGGCGGGGAGUGGAGCAGGGAGACUGGGGUCGGCCGGGCCCCGGGCCCCGGGGAAGACACGUUCUCGGCACUGCAGAGCGUGGAGCGGGCGCUGGGUCCCGAGCGGGAGCUGCUGCGGCUGCUGGAAGGCUACGUGCGGGGUGAGGAAGCCCGUCUGCGGGACCUGCGCAGGUUCUACAACAAGGUCCUCUCUUUGCAUAAGGGGUCAGCCACCCCUGUGGGCAAUCCUCUGCUGGCCUACACCCUUAUUAAGCGGCUACAGUCUGAUUGGAGGAAUGUUGUGUACAGCCUGGAAGCCAGUGAGAACAUAAGAGCUUUGAAGGAUGGCUACGUGAAAGUGGAGCAGGACCUCCCAGCCUUUGAGGACCUGGAGGGAGCAGCCCGGGCCUUGAUGCGUCUGCAGGAUGUGUAUAUGCUGAGUGUGAAAGGAUUAGCACGUGGGGCUUUUCAGAGAGUCACAGGCUCUGAUGUCACUGACAUAUACAGGCCCAGCCAGGUUUUUCCCCUCUCAGCAGAUGAUUGCUUCCACGUGGGAAAGGUAGCCUAUGACAUGGGCGAUUACUAUCAUGCCAUCACAUGGCUGGAAGUGGCCGUCAGCCUCUUCCGAGGCUCCUAUGGGGAAUGGAAUACAGAGGAUGAAGGGAGCCUAGAAGAUGCUCUGGACUACUUAGCUUUUGCUUAUUUCCAGGCAGGAAAUGUUUCUUACGCCCUCAGUCUCUCCAGAGAGUUCCUUCGCUAUGAUCCAGAUAACAAGAGGAUAGCUAGAAAUAUACGGAAAUAUGAAAGAUUGUUGGAAGAAAAAUCCAGUGUGACAGGACCUGAGGUGGCCAUCAAGAGACCUAAUGUCCCCCAUCUGCAGACAAGGGACACCUAUGAAGGAUUGUGCCAGACCUUGGGUUCCCAGCCCACUCACUACCAGAUCCCCAGUCUCUACUGCACCUACGAGACCAAUGCCAGCCCCUAUCUGCUGCUCCAGCCUGUCCGGAAGGAGGUACUCCACCUGGAGCCCUACAUUGUCCUCUACCAUGACUUUGUCAGCGACUCUGAGGCCCAGAAGAUUAGGGGGUUUGCAGCACCCUGGCUGCAACGGUCAGUGGUGGCCUCUGGGGAGAAACAGCAACAAGUGGAAUAUCGCAUCAGCAAGAGUGCCUGGCUGAAGGACACUGUGGACCCGAUUUUGGUGUCCCUGGACCGCCGCAUUGCAGCCCUCACCGGCCUCAAUGUCCAGCCUCCCUAUGCUGAGCACCUCCAGGUGGUGAAUUAUGGAAUUGGAGGACAUUAUGAACCUCACUUUGACCAUGCAACAUCGCCAAGUAGCCCUCUGUACCGAAUGAACUCCGGGAACCGGGUUGCAACCUUCAUGAUCUAUCUGAGCUCGGUAGAAGCUGGAGGGUCUACAGCCUUCAUCUAUGCUAACUUCAGUGUCCCAGUUGUGAAGAACGCAGCCCUGUUUUGGUGGAACCUUCACAGGAGUGGUAAAGGUGAUGGAGACACACUACAUGCUGGCUGUCCAGUCCUGGUGGGAGACAAGUGGGUGGCCAAUAAGUGGAUCCACGAGUACGGGCAGGAGUUCCGCAGACGGUGCAGCUCCCAGCCUGACGACUAGUCCCAGAACAGAGGCCUCCUCCUGGGAGUCAGAAGCCAAGACCUGGGCCGUGGGCAGUGUGUGUGGCGGGGGGAGGGCAGUGGUGCAGGAUCCCAUUGGAAGAAGGAAGGUUAGCCACGGCUUCUGGCCGAUGGAGUGAGAAGCAAAGACCACAAUGACCUUCCACUCCCUUUCCCUUAGAAUCUACACUUGGAGCUCCAUUUUGGGGCUGAGACCGGGGAGCAUGGUGGGAAAAAAGAGGGAAUAGGAAAGGGAAACCAUUGAGGGUUCAGUGGCCAUUGCUGGGAUCAAUAGACCCUCAGGCUUAGUCCAGGGCCCAAAUCUGUGGCUACAACUAAGCUUGAUUUAGUAGGAGCUCAGGGGGCUGGAGUGAAGAGAGGGGAGGAGGCUUCCAUGCUGAGGCAGGGAAAUGUCCUUUUAGAUCUCUUGGUAGAGAUGCACAGAUGUGACCACAGCCACCUUCGGGGUGAGUUUCUGGCUUCUGGCUGGUCCUGCCCAGAUGCUGCCUGAAGCCAGAGGCCUGGAACAAAGGCAGACUCGCCCUUUUGUGGGUGACAUGGGAGGGAGCUCAGAAUCACAUCUCUCCUGAACAGGAAUUCAUACUAGAACAUCCCUGAUAAGUGUGCUCUUCCAGCUACACUAACGGGGAAAACCUACUACCUCAAGAAGGAGAUAAAAUCCAGUUCUACAACUUCCACCCACUGCUCCUAGAACAUAAGAGGGCCCAGCAGAACUUGCCUCAUCCUUCUCACUUGUUAACCCUACAAAUGCUGGGAGGUGCCCUGUCCCCCUUGUCUUUUGUUCUCCAAACAAAACAUUCCCAAUUCUUUCCAAUGAACCUUCCACAUCAUGGCUUUGGGCACACUCAAAAUUCUUGUUGCUUUCCUCUGGAUCUACUCAAGUUCCCUGUGGUCCUUUCUGAAAUGUGGUCUCAGAACAGGACACAGUACUUCAGGUGAGAACUGACAAAGAUAGAAAGUUAGAUGGGACUCUCUCUUGGGGCUCUGCCUCUAUGAAUGGAGGCCGAGAUCAUGUGAGCUUGCUUCACUCAUUUUUUAAAUUUUUUUUUUGAUACUGAGCUCAUUAACUCCUAAAAGAUCACAGUAGAAAGAUUCAGAAACAUCAGCAAGCCCUGGAGACAACAGCUUGUACCAUAGAGACCACAAAGAAUCAACUUAGUUACCUCCACCUUAUCACUGAACUAUAACAGAUCUUAAAUGCCAAACAAGGUUCAAGGCAGAAAAAAGCUCUCUUUUGAGAUGGGGCUGAUUUGCAGACUCCUGAUUCCAAUUAGUAAUCUCAGAGGUUCAUCCCUCUGAGCAGAAGUAUUCUUCCAGAAGGAAAACUUACUGACAAUUUUUGCCUUUUUUUCUACCCUACUAUUCCCUAGGCCUUUGGCUUAGGAUAAACAUUUUACUAAUAUUUUGGACAUAAACAAUGCCUUUCUUCCACGGACCCAAAGGCAUUUCGGUCAGUUGGCAGGCACUUAUUGAGUCUUUACUGGAUAAGGCUCCCGUAUCCAGUACAUUCCUUGAUUUUGAGGAAUUACAAGUUUCUCUGGAGGGAUAACACAUACACAGACAUGUUUUAGAGCUGGAAAGGCCCUUAGGAAUAAGGGACACUGAAUAUCAGGUUCUUAUGCCUUAGAAUACAAUAUUGGAAUUGGACUAGAAUUUAAAAAAUACUGAGUGUCAGGGGCUAAACCAAACAUUAAAUUACACAAUAUUGGAGUAGAAAGGACUUUGAAACAUAAUUUUAGAACUAGAAAGAGGUCUAUAGAUUAUUUGAUUCAAUGCCCUUAAUUUAUACAUAAGGAAACAGAGAGAGGGACUUGCUUAAGAUCCCUUUGAAUUAGUGUCAGAGGCUAUUUGUCCACUACCAGUCUUUCCCUUCCAGCUCAAGACACUCACUGAAACUGCCUAGCUCUACACAGGUACCUACCUGUGGUUGGUGGUUUGAGGGCACCUGAUAAUUCUCCCCUCACAAUCACUGAUUGUGGGGGUAUGGAGUCCACUAGAGGUAGAUUCUGAAGACCCAAACAGGCUCAGAGGGAAGCAGAGCCAAGAACUACAUAAACCAUCCUUUCACGGAACCCUUGAAAGGGAGCCCUGUUAGGGGGCCAGCAACUGGCUACCUGAAUCCCAGAGAGUAACUGUGUAUGUGUGUGUGCGUGCAGUGCGUGCACGUGGGCGCCUGUGUGUGUGUGCAUCAUCAAUGGAAAUGGGUUGCGACUACAUUUAGAAGUAUGUAGUCUUAUAUUUUAAUAUUACAAGAGUGUAUAACUUCAUCCUUGUGGAUAAUCCCUCUACUCACAACAAAUCAGUCCUUUUAUGCCAUGGUAUAGUUAUAGGAGUUGUGAAGUCAUUCUGAAGCAAUUGAUCAUCCGGCGAUGAGCUUCUCUACAAUGAGGCUAGUUCUCAGAUGAUGGAUACACAAUCCAUUGCUUGGCUAUUACUCGAAAUCCUUCUGUCCUUGGUUGGAUUUGCCUUGAUUGAAGCCUCAUAGCCUUUGAAUCAACUUCAAGGGGCAUCAAGGAUGACAGUGGAGGAGGCAGCUCCUCCACUGGGGAAGUUGUCUCUCCUAUCUGAAUCGGGUCUUCUUUGAGCCUGUUUCUUCCUCUUUAAAAUUAGAGAAUUGAAUUAGGGGAUAUUCAGAGGAUUUAUUUUUUUUCCCCAGUUCUGACAUCUUAUUUUAUGUUCUAGGGCCUUAUGACACUUUAUAUUUUAAGAUCCUUUUUAGUUCUCACAUUUUAAGAUUCUAUGAUUUAAGCUGGGUACUAAGAGAAAAAAUUCCAACGGGAAGUGAUUCUAUCUCCAAAAUUUAUUUUAUAUCCUUAUUACUCACAUGGUAAUACCUUCAUUUAUGGCCUCACAGACUAUUUCCAGGAUUACCACAACGGCCUCCUAAUUGGAUUUCCUGCCUCUGAUUUUUCUCUUCCAAUUGCUCCUCUAUAAAGCUAACAAACUGAUAUGCCUACAGCACAUGUUUGCUCACGCCACUACCCUACUCAGGACAUAUGGUGGCUCCCUCUUGUCUCUAGCAAAGUCCCUUUGAAAAUUCUUUACCACUUGGCUUAAAUCUGCCUUUUUAGCCCAUUACACAUUUACCUCAACACUUUGUAGGGCUUGGCCAAAUUGGUCAGUUUUCUAUUCCAUGUACAUGAAAUUCCAUCUCCCACUACCAUGUCUUUGCAUGUUUCCUGCCUCCCUUCCCCAAACUAGAUAUGCACUUCCUCUUCUCUUUUCCUUCACACAAUCUUUAGCUUCCUUCAAAGUUCAUUGAAAUACUACCUUUUACAGAAAGUCUAUUCUGAUUCCCUAACUUGUUAGUACAUUUCUUUGGGAAAUUACUUUGUAUACAUAUUGCAUUUUGUUUUUUAUGUUCAUGCUGUUGUCCCUCAAUAGAAUGUAAUCUCUUUGAGGGCAGAGUGGUUUUGUUUCUGUUUUUGCAUCUUUAGCACCUCGCACAGUAACUACUUAUACUGACUUGAAGAGAAGGCCAUUCCGGCUAGAGAAGAUGGCAAGAAAAAAGGCUUUGACAUGUGAAAAUUUCAACUAUGGCUCAUUCUAUUUCAUUGGUGCUUUAGUCACUUUUUAUACAAUGCAUUCAAAUUGGAAAGAUGUGUUAAAGUCAGAUUGUAGAAGGCCUUGAAUACUUAGAGUGAGGUCUGAACUUCAUAUUGUGAGCUAUAAGAAUCUAUUAAAGAAACUGCUGAAGAGAAGUUGGUAGGGGACCAUGAUUAAACCCAAAGAUGAAGGGCUAAUUUUGAGCUUGAGAUUUUCAUAUAUGUGGUUCGUUGGGAGGGGCAGAUUUUUUGGUGGCAGAGAGGCCUUUCCAUACUACAGCACUGGAUUUGGAGUCAGAAGCCAGACUUUGGCCUUGCCACCUACUGCACAGUAUGACUGUCACUUCUUUUGGGGCUUGUUUCUUCUACUUUAAGGUGACUGCUUUGGCCUAUUUGAUCUCUAGCAUCCCUCCUUAUAUGAGGUCACACUUGUGGUUUUAAGUCCAUGUUUGGACAUUUACCAAGUUGCAUUCUCGUCUUCUCACUAAGACUGUGUUGUUAUUUUUUUUUAAUAGCUUUUUAUUUACAAGUUAUAUGUAUGGGUAAUUUUUCAGCAUUGACAAUUGCCAAAUCUUUUGUUCCAAUUUUUCCUUUCCUUCCCCCAUCCUCUCCCCCAGAUGGCAGGUUGACCAAUACAUGUUAAAUAUGUUAAAGUAUAUAUUAAAUACAAUAUAUGUAUA